AUGAUGCUCAAGCCUCCAAGAAAGACCUCCUUCAACCGCGAUAUUAUGAGCUUUUCUUGAGCAACUUCGAUAGAAAAAGUAUGAGUCAGUAUUUAUGUAGUCAACUUACAUGACUAGCAUCAGGUUUUGCCGGUCGGGGAAAGCGAAAUUAAACGCGGCAAAAGCUUGCGCAAUUAAGGAGAAGUUUAUCAGAGAGUUAGCUUAAGUUGCUAGCUCAAUGUGUUCAAGAAGUCACAGCCGUUUGUCUCAAUAUGUUGCCGGGUGAGCAGUGAGCAGAGGACUGGUCGUGUGUUUUGUACCGACAUGUUUUUGCGAGAGGACGAGGCAAAAAGCCUUUGGAGCUCAGAGAAACGACUUCACUAUGGCUGAACAACAAAAACAGCUGCUCCGUUGAUGUGAGGAAAAAGGGUCAGGAGGACAACAUCAGCGACUAUGAGCAGGGAGGAUCAACAGGACAGGGUCUUGUCCACAAGUGAAGACUCUCUGCCGGGCCUCCACAGCUCCAAAACUGACCCUCUGAUCCGCACCCGGCCCCUCAGCGAUAUAUACCCGUUCCACAGUCAUGCUGACAGGACUGCAGCCCCGUAUCUGCUGUCGGGGUGUGGCGCCCAAAUACAGCCGAUGACUGCGGGUCCUGAGGAGAACAGACUGAACGGCAUCAACUCCUCCGCCUGGUCUAACCCUGUUAUAGGUCCGCCUGACGGGAAGCCUUACUCCACCAGGAUUAUGAGGCUUUUUUCCAACCCGAGGAAGGGCCCUCAGAUUCCAACCCCUGACCCUCUCACCUCGACCCACAGCAACGACAGCAACACCCAGCCCUGGUCGGGACUUCCAGGUCUGGGUGUUGUGGACUCCUUCAAAAAGCUCCGCUCCUCUGUGCUGCAGGGUAUACAGAGUAGAGGGGCCGUCAUCCACAAUGGGGAAUACGACCCAUCGGAUCCGGAUAUGGCCAAUGGCGCAGCUGUGGACAGCAAUGACUUUGGUCAAGGUGAUGCAACAAAUGAUUUAAAGUUUGCAGAGGGAUACAGGGCCUCGAAUGGAAAUGAUGAAGGACAAAAGUUUGUCAUGGUGAGCCAGUGUGAAUCAGAUAUUGAGGACUUCGAUGAGGAAGAAAGCGAUCAAGGAGACGGACUCACGCGCAACACGCGACUGUCGAGGAGUAUCCGGAGAGCGUACGGAGCGGGACGUAUCUCUAUACUCGACACGGGGAGUAAGAUGUUCGCAGGAAACGGCACAAAUGAACCCACAAACCAGAACCCAGAUCCGACAUCACAGGUCGAUGUCCAAACAAAGAACUCAAACGAGAACACAAACGUGAAAGUGCUGAGCAGACUGAGCAAAAGUGCAGAUAAUCUUCAUGUAUUUAAGGCACCGUUCAGACGCAAAGCUCCGUCUUCAGGACCUACUUUGCCUCAGGAUGCCCCGGGGUGCAGCACGACAAACGGGACACAAAACAUCCUGAGGUCAGGCAGCGUCUCCUCAUCGGACUUCAGCCACAGGAAGGGCCCUGCAAUGACCAAGGGGCCGAUGCUAAAGCUAGUAGGCAGCAAGACCGACCUCACUGUACGACGCAAGCGAAGCCCCUCCCCCAGCCCCACCUCUCAAGUUCCCUUGUCGCCCCUGACACGUCUUCACGAUGACUACUCCCGCCGUGUGCCUUGCCUGACGACAAAUGAGCGACAGCGCCGGCCCUCGCCCGUCAGAGCCCGGGUCAUGUCUGUUGAACGCUCCCCUCUGCAGCCUGAAUACGAUGUGACCCUGCAGCAGCACCAGGUCCUCAUCGGCCAGGUUUCUGUGGAGCCCCCAGAGGGAACAGAGCACACUUCAACUGGUGUCUCUGCUCAGUAUGAAUCACUGACUACAACAAGUGGUUCUAAAGCAGAAAGUGAUCCAUCUCCUGUCAGCGUGAAGGACUCUUGCCAACAACAAGAACAGACUGAAGUCAACAUGCUCCCACAUGAGGCAUCAUCAGACCAACAAGGCCCAGAAGCAUUUCUCCCAACAGAGGAUGUAUCUCCAACCAGCAGCAGCUCUCCUCUCUCUUCGGCAUGUCUCUCAGAGUCUCCCACAUCGCCCAUAACGCCCACAGACCCUUCAACGGAAACCUCCUCCGUCAAGCCCAGACGAAGGAGUGGACGCACGAGACCUCGGCCCAUCUCCGACUACGGGCAGCUCCUUUCCAGGAAGCACUUUAUUCCAGAGGAAGUGGCAGAACUGUCUGCUGAAGAAAGGACAACAAAUGCAUCGUUGCAUGAAGACUGCAGUGGCGGUGCAUGUGGAAAUGGAGAAAUCCCAGACAGCUGCAGCGUGAACAGAGAAGGCGUGAGGCAGCGUCCGAUCUCAAUGAUCGGAGUUGGGGAUAUGUUCUCUGCUGAUGCUGAGGAGAAGGACCGCCUUCCUGCUCCUCUGUCGCGGCCUCCCAUCCCCUCCCACCAGGUGCCCCCCUACAAAGCGGUGUCUGCAAGGUUUCGCCCCUCCACCCUCUCCCAGAGCACCCCCAUCGGACUGGACCGCGUUGGACGGCGUAAGCUCCACAGAGUGCUCAGCGUUGGUGUGACUGAGAGUUCUGCGACGCUCGAUGACAGCGUGAGUGAGGAGGAGGAGGGCAGCUAUGAUGAACUCAAUGAUUUCACACCGUACCUCCAGCCAGGGGUGGAGCUCUCCGUUCUCAACGAGUGGAUAAGCUCUGGCCACACGGUGUAUGCUGAGGCUCUCUGGGACCAUGUGACCAUGGAAGAGCAGGAGCUGGCCUUUAAGGCUGGAGAUGUUAUCCGUGUCCUGGAUGCCUCGGAUAAGGACUGGUGGUGGGGCAGGGGGGCCGACAGGGAGGCCUGGUUCCCCUCCAGCUUUGUGAGGGUGCGAGUGAACCAGGAGGACUCGAGUGCAGAAAGUGUGGAGAGCGUAGCGGACCAAGAAGAUCCAACUCCCAGAGACACACACAGCGCUCAGCACAAGGAGCAGAUGAGAACCAAUGUGGUUCAGGAAAUCAUGAACACAGAACGCAUCUACAUCAAGCACCUGAAAGACAUCUGUGAGGGUUACAUCCGUCAGUGCCGUAAACACCCAGACAUGUUCACUGAGCUGCAGUUGAAGACCAUCUUCAGCAACAUAGAAGACAUCUACCGGUUUCAGAGGCAGUUUCUCAAAGACCUGGAGAAGAAAUACAACAAAGACCAACCGCAUCUCAGUGAAAUAGGCUCUUGCUUUCUCUUGCAGGACGAGGGCUUCUCUAUCUACUCGGACUACUGUAACACUCACCCAGCAGCCAGUGCUGAGCUGCACCGCCUCAUGAAGUCGGGAAAAUAUAAACAUUUCUUUGAGGCCUGUCGGCUCCUCCAGCAGAUGAUUGACAUUUCCAUCGCAGGGUUCCUGCUCACGCCCGUCCAGAAGAUCUGUAAAUACCCCCUGCAGCUGGGAGAACUGCUGAAGUACACCCCCAAAGACCACAGUGACUUCAGCGGAGUGAGCAAAGCGUACGAGGCUAUGAAGAACGUGGCGAGUCUGAUCAAUGAGAGGAAGAGGCGGCUGGAGAGUGUGGACACCAUCGCUCACUGGCAGGUGGCCAUUCAAAACUGGGAGGGGCCUGAUGUGCUUGAACGCAGCUCAGAGCUGAUCCACUCUGGUGAGCUGACUCGAGGCGUCCGACAGGGCAAAAUGCAGCAGCGCAGCUUCUUCCUGUUCGACCACCAGCUGGUGUUCUGUAAGAAAGACGUCCUGCGCAGAGACCUGCUCCACUACCGGGGGCGGCUGGAUAUGGACCAGACCGAGGUGUUGGACAUGGCCGACGGGAGGGACCUGGACCUGGGCCUGACCCUGAGGAACGCUCUGCGCCUGCGCAACGCCAACACCCUGGAGUUUGUGUGUGUGCUGUGCUGCAGGAAGGCCGAGGACAAGCAGAGGUGGUUACAGGCCUUUGCCAAGGAGCGAUACAGAGUGAAGGAGGACCAGGAGAUGGGAAUGGAGAUCAGUGAAGAGCAAAGAAAACAGGCCAUUGUUAAUGCCAGAAGAGCCAAACAGAAGAAGAGCAAAACCAUUGGUUACUCUGGCUCCGUCCCCACACACCACCCGAACCUGCACCCGCUCCACCAGCGUCACAUCACCAUACCCACCAGCGUGCCUCAGCAGCAGGUCUUCUCAUUGGCCGAGCCCCCGAAACGAAAGCCUUACUAUCUGUUGUACAGCAUCACCCGCAACACCUUUUUCAAGAAAUGAGACUUUGCUCCCUGUUUGUUCCUCCCUGUGCAUGUUCAGACAUCACAACGUCCAGAAGACUCAAAGAACACUUUGUUUUUUCCUGUAUUUUUCUGUGAAUGUCGAUUUGUGUUUUUUGUGCCUCUUGUGUCUUUCUUUGUGUUUGUUUUUGUUGCAUCGUGGCGUUCAGUGCCUACAACUUGGAAGAGGAUUGACCAGUAUUAAAAUACUGACUCCAUUUUGCCGGUGUUAAAGAGUGAAUCCCACCCUUUUUGUCCUAUUAAUUCCAACUGAAAGAUAUUGUUUGUUAAUUAUGACAAAGUGUAUAUUUUGCCUUUACGUUGUCGUACGUUAUUUCACAGAGGCUGGACCCUUUUUGUUUUUCUUCGAGUCUGUCAACUCUGAGCACAGCCAGAGGAUAAAUGAACUGACACAGUCCACUACCUUGUUAACACUGUAAAUAAAACUCUUGUACAAACAUA